AUGUGCAGCAGCUCGGAUGAAGGCGAUGAGUGGUAUGAUCCCGUUUCCUCUGCGGAGUCUUCAGAUGCAGAAGGGGAAGAAGAAGGGGUAGGAGAGAGAAGAGGAGAAGAAGGAGGAGGAGGAGAAGGAGAAAAGUCAGAAAGCAAUGACGACGGGUCUUCUCUUCCGUCUACCUCUACCACCUCUUCACACCCAACCAGUGCAGGUACUAGCCAACCUGCUGAUGAGACAGAAGCAAGUGGAGGCGACGGUGGAUCGGGGGGAGCUGAGCAGCAGCAGACUCGAUCCCAGCCCGGUGUCUUUCCUGUGCCAGUUCCUCCUUCUAGCCCACCCAGAUCCAUAGGGGUUAUUAGUUUAACUAGUCCCCCCCCACCUGAACGGCCGGCGGGGGCCUCCUCCACCGUAGCUCCGGGGCCUCAGGGCCCUGCUGGGGGCCCCUCAGGGGCUGCUGCUUCCUCUGCUGGUGGGGCUGAAGCUCCUUCUGCUGCCGCUCCUGGUGCUCCUGGUGACCCUGGCGACAGAACACGCCGCGUGCCGUAUGCCUAUACACUGCAGCGGUCCGGAGGUAAUGUAGGGCGUUCAGCAUCGGGGGUAGACGGAGGGACCAUGGGGGUCCUGAGGGAGUGGUACAGAGCGCAUCAGCGUUCAGCUCCCACUUCUGCUCGUUCUGUUACUGGUGUUUCUUCACGCCAAGCACCUCUCCAGGUGAGGAAUUCAGCUCCCACUUCUGCUCGUUCUGUUACUGGUGUUUCUUCACGCCAAGCAUCUCUCCAGGUGAGGAACCCAGGGAGAGGAGGCUUCGGCUGGCCGGGAGCUGGCUAUACAGUGCAGCACCCUGCGGGGUCCGGAGGCAGCCAGCAAGGGGGCGGAAGGGGGGAUCAAGGAGUACCGGGGCAGCGGAGGCCCUUCGAUGCUCUCCACAGCCCCUACCAGGCCUCAGUGCCAGGCAACACAGGCGGAAGAGGAGGAGGGGCCCCCGGUCGGCCUGUAGGGUACUACGCACCGCAGCCAUCUUCGACUGCUGCCACUCAGACAAGGACCCAACGCACAGAAGGUGGAGGGGAUGCAGCAGCAGGAGCAGGAGCAGCAGGAAGAGCAGCAGCAGCAGCAGCAUCAGGAGCAUCAGGGCCCAUGCCUCAUCAUCCUGUCAGUGGUUUCGCGCGGCCGUAUUACCCGCAGUUCCCCGCGAGCCGAGGGCAAAAGGCGAGCAGCUUGCCGAGGUCACUGACGUUGCAAGGGCCCGUUGCUGUUGCUGGUGCUGGUGCUGGCGCUGCUGCUGGUGCUCCUGCUCCCCGUCCUGGGGCGGAUGCCGCUCCCAGUCGUGGUGCUGCUGCCUCUGGCCCUGGCGCUGGUACUCGGUAUCGUGGUGCUGCUGCGGGCGACGGGGUGACGCCGGUGCUGCUGCUCGUGGCCGUGGUGCUGCUGGCGCAGCUGGCUCUGAGCCUGGUCCAAGUGCUUCUGUAG